CUCAAAAUCUAUAUAAACAAAAGUUCGUCUUGUUUUCUGGUUUUUAAUAAUAGAAAUUUUUUUGAAAAUGUCCCAUACUAUGGGGGAAUUUGUUCGUUGCUUCCUUUGUCGUAAAAAACACACUUCGCCUCACAAAAUAAUUGAGGGCAGCAUCUGUCCAGCAUCCAGGAAGAGUGUCAAAACUGUCCUUUUGCACUUGGCUCGAUGCGGAAAAUUCCAGUUGCUGAUAGCCAGGGGAGAAUGGCUGUGUCGUCUUUGUUUUAUUAAGAUUGUGGAUUACGACACCACAUUUAUAAACCUUACCCGGAAGCAAAAGGUUCUUACCACAUUGGUUGAGAAAGCUGUUACAACGAUUGAUAGCGACAUUGAAGCGGAGUGCCUCCAAGAAAUGUCACACAUGGAAGAAAUUAAUGACGAACAUUUUUUCGAUGACGCCAACGUAUCUGAUAGAGAAAUAGCCGAAACAAUUUUUGAAGUUAUUGGAGGAAACAGUGAAAAAAAGCGAAAAGUCACUAACCAUGGGAAGCCAAGACAGGAAAGAAACAUUGAGUCUGCAGGAUCUGACAGCGGCGAAGACGUUGAAGCCCUAGCAGAAGGUGAAACAAUACAGUGCAAUCUAUGUGCAAUGAGAUUUAAAAAUCGAACACACCAUCAGAGGCAUGUCGUUCAAGUCCACAAAAAGUUUAGUUGUAAAAUGUGCUCAUUCAGUCACAGAAACGAGGACUAUGUGAUGCUGCACAUGAAUAUACAUGAAGGAAAAAGUGAAAAUCAGUGUCGUUUUUGCAAUAAAGAAUUUACGACCAAAAUCAGUACAAUACGUCACAUGGAAGUACACAUGGACACAAAGAAGUAUCAAUGCGAUAAAUGUGGUUUAGUUUUCUCCCAGACAACAGUGCUUUAUAACCACAAAUUACAGCACGAAGCCGAGGAGAAGCCGUUACGCUGUGAAAUUUGUAAUCAAAUUUUUAAAACCAAACGAACGUUCCGACAUCACAUGGUCACACACCGUGCGGACAGGCCACGAUACAGUUGUGAAUAUUGUGGAAAGACCUUUACGGAAAAAUAUACACUUAAGGUUCACAAACGUACCCAUCCUGAGUCGGGUGGGGCGGCAGUUAAUCAAAGCGAUUCAGUUCCGAAUCAGUACCAAAAUAAUCAGCCACAGGCUCUUCAAUAUGAAGAACAUCAAGUACAAGCCUACAACAGCUCACAGGUCGGGUAUACUCAGCCGCAGCCAUCUUCCACUUCUUCCAACAAUAUUGGGACGAAAUUCGGUUGCAUAAUAUGUGACCAACAUUUUAAUGGCAAGGAUAGCUUGAAUAAACACAUGGAGAAGGAGCACGAUGUUAUACUCAAAUCUCUGAGUAUUGCCAAUUUUACGCAAUAUGAAGUUGUAACAAACGAAUCGCGAAAAGCUUGUUAUAUAUGUGGUCAAAUAUUCAGUACCCAACAUAAUUUAGAUUAUCAUUUAGUAAAUGUACACGAGGUUACAUUAAAAUAGUCAAAAAGGUAAAAAAGUAAUAAAAAACACAACAAACCGAAAUUAUGAUGCAGAA